UCACUUUCACUCUGGCUAAACUUCGGAGGGGCUGCGUGCAAUGGCUGCGUGUUAAAGUGGAAAAAAGUUCAGCAUGAGAGAUUCCUGUGAGGUGGACAUGGACCUUGCUAAUUGAUGCAACUCAUCAGAGUUACAUCUGAAGAGAAAACAACAGUUUAGGAUCAAACAGGCCAACGACACUUCAGGCUUUAAAUCACCUCAGCAGGCGAGAAGCGUGUACAUUAACAUCACCACCCACGGAUGACAGCAACUUGUUUGUUUGCAACAUAAACCAUCGUUUGUUCUUCUACAGCUAUGCGCAAAUUUAAGAUUCAUGGGGAGUACGUGCGUAAAAGUGCGCGCUUCUCCGUGGCGCACCACGCUCGCUUUCCGUACUAUCCUCAUCUUCACCUUCAUCGGAUCUAGAGCUGAGCAGCAGCAGCGGUUCAGCCGUCAAACUGUCUGAAAAUGGCUGUGCUCCGUCCCGCCCGGAGGGGCUACAGUCUGCCUCUGACGGGGUUAAUGUGCGUUUUGCUGCUCGUUUUCGUCUCUGCUGCCUCCGCGAGUCGUGAUGUUUCAGGAAACAAUGAGACGUGGAGAAACCCACCCCGAGCGCCAGAGAAUGACUCCCAUCACAGAAAUAACUCCAAUGGUCACAGAAAGGCUUUCCCCGUACUCUCCUUCAACUACCAGCACGUCAGGAAGCCCUUUGAGAUCUCUCUGUGGAUCCUCCUGGCCCUGCUCAUGAAACUUGGUUUUCACAUUAUUCCCAGAGUGUCGCACAUCGUCCCAGAGAGCUGUCUGCUGAUCUUCGUUGGUCUGCUGGUUGGCGGUAUUAUCAAAGCCAUCGGGGGGGAAGCCCCGGUCCUGGACUCCAAGCUGUUCUUCCUCUAUCUGCUGCCUCCCAUCAUCCUCGAUGCCGGAUACUUCCUGCCCAUCCGGGCAUUCACGGAGAACAUGGGCACCAUCCUGGUGUUUGCGGUGGUGGGGACUCUGUGGAACACCUUCUUCCUCGGCGGGAUGAUGUACGGCGUGUGUCAGAUUGAAGGAGCCAAUUUGGGCAACGUGGACCUGCUGUCCUGCAUGCUGUUCGGCUCCAUCGUCUCGGCCGUUGACCCCGUGGCCGUCCUGGCCGUGUUCGAGGAGAUCCACAUCAACGAGCUGCUGCACAUCCUCGUGUUCGGGGAGUCGCUCCUCAACGACGCCGUCACUGUGGUUCUGUAUCAUCUGUUCGAGGAGUUCUCUCAAGUAGGAACUGUGACUGCGGUCGACGCCCUGCUCGGUGUAGUCUGUUUCUUCGUGGUUUCUGUGGGAGGCGUCAUGGUGGGAGCCAUCUACGGCCUCCUGGGUGCCUUUACUUCCCGCUUCACCUCGCACACCCGAGUCAUCGAGCCACUGUUUGUUUUUCUCUACAGCUACAUGGCUUACCUCUCUGCCGAGGUCUUCCAUCUAUCAGGCAUCAUGUCGUUGAUAGCAUGUGGCGUGAUGAUGCGACCGUACGUGGAGGCCAACAUCUCCCACAAGUCGUACACUACCAUCAAAUAUUUCCUGAAGAUGUGGAGCAGCGUGAGCGAGACGCUCAUCUUCAUCUUCCUCGGUGUUUCCACAGUGGCCGGUCCUCACGCCUGGAACUGGACCUUUGUCGUUUUCACUGUGAUCCUCUGUCUGGUGUCAAGAGUUCUCGGAGUCAUUGGCCUCACAUACAUCAUCAAUAAAUUCCGCAUUGUGAAGUUGACCAAAAAAGACCAAUUCAUUGUUGCCUAUGGUGGCCUGCGAGGGGCCAUAGCCUUUUCACUGGGGUUCCUGCUGACUAACAGCAAGAUGAAGGACCUGUUCCUUACCGCCAUCAUCACAGUCAUCUUCUUCACAGUAUUUGUGCAGGGAAUGACAAUCAGGCCUUUGGUGGAGCUUCUGGCGGUGAAGAGGAAGAAGGAGACCAAAGGAUCAAUUAAUGAGGAGAUUCACACACAGUUCCUGGAUCAUCUCCUCACAGGCAUUGAAGACAUCUGUGGUCAUUACGGGCAUCAUCACUGGAAAGACAAGCUGAACCGCUUCAACAAGGCCUACGUGAAAAGGUGGCUGAUCGCAGGCGACCGCUCCACUGAGCCUCAGCUCAUCUCCUUCUACAACAAGAUGGAGAUGAAACAGGCCAUGAUGCUGGUGGAGAGUGGAAGCGCCGCUAAGCUGCCCACGAUUGUGUCGUCCGUCUCCAUGCAAAACAUUCAGCCAAGAGGGUCGGCCAGACAACGGGCAAUCCCGAGCAUCUCAAAAAGUCGCGAGGAAGAGAUCAGAAAGAUCCUGCGAAGCCACCUGCAGAAGACCAGACAGCGGCUUCGUUCUUACAGCAGACAUGACCUGAUGAUCGACCCGUUUGAGGACAGUAUGAGUGAAAUUCGCUUCAGGAAGCAGAGGGUGGAGAUGGAGAGGAGGAUGAGUCACUACCUCACGGUUCCUGCAAACCGCAAAGAAGCACCAGCGCCAGUGAGAAAAGUCUGCUUUGACUCAGAACACCAGGUUUACACUUAUGAUAACAGUGAGAGCCCCCGAGGCCAGACGGCUCAGCCACAUCCCUGCCCUCCUGAUGCCGUCAGCCUGUUGAACGAAUCACCCCAGAGGACCAAUCAGAGCAACGCACAGAGAGCCAAAGGUGACGCUCAGCUGAGGACGAAAGUGCCAGACGAUCAGGAUGAGCAAGAGCAAAUAAAACUAUCACGCUGCCUUAGUGACCCCGGUCCCAACAAGGACGAGGAAGAGGAUGGCUCAUGAUAUCUCUCAUAUUUACAGUUUAUAAUCUCCUUGUGUCAUCUGUUGUAUUCAAAGAGUGGAGAUCCCUGCUUGACAUUUAUUAAUUUAAAAUAGUUGAUAGUGUUAUUCUUUUCCAUGUUCUGUAUUUGUGAGAUGAGAUUAUGCAAAAAGAAAAAAUCCAUGAGUUCAUAAGGAUUUUUAUCAUGUAACACAUUACCAAAGCAUGUACCACUGACCAUUUGCUUUUUCAGGAUUUUAUUACAGCCUGUAUUGUGCCAAACGUCAACAGUGACAGAUAUCGUUUGAAUGUUGUGCUAACAGCACACAGUUUCAGACAGUCGCUCCUGGAAGACAUGCAUAGUGUUGGGGUCGGUUAUUCACAUGAAAAGUAACAGAAUUGUUGAGUACCAAAUUAAUUAAAGCGAGCUUGAGAGAGGAGUUCAAACCCAGCUUUCCUUCUCACCUCAAGUGGCUAUGAAUGUGGGUUUGUUAGCAUAUGAUGUCGUAAAGGUGUGUACAGGUGGUUUCUGAAGCUAUUUGGUCCGACAAGCAACUUUAAAUUAAACUGGUGCCUUUGGUCCUUUUAUUAACUGUGAAAAGGGUCUCACUCUUUACAUAUCCUGGUCAAAAUUCUUUAAGAACUCAUUUGAGCAGGUGAUGCCAUUAUCAAAACAUUUUAAACUCAAAUAUCAAUAUUGGUAUCUGUUAUCAAUCCAGUCAUACUAUCCUAUAUAUAUAAAAACACGACCAGAGGGUAUAAUUUCCAGUGAUUGAAAAUGUGUUUUGCUCAGUUAAGUGUCCUGGUGAAACUGAAGUAACAAAUCUGGUGUUAAAAUGACUUACAAGUGAAGAAUAAAUUGCAAAUAUUGUUUGACCGAGGUAUGUGAACAAGCUUAGCACUAACAGCGCUCCAUGACUGAUCAAUGUUUUCUCAGGGACAGCAACAAGACACAGUACUGACAGAUUCCUCUGCACACAUAAAUAAGUGUUUCUGUCCAAAACCUGUUCCACCUAAAUCUAUUUAAAAUGUUACUGUUUUGUAAGCUUAAGUGUUUUGACUUCUAAGAGCUUCACUUAGAUUAAAGCAGUGAUUACGUUUGUCGACUUUGUAACAAAAUUCUACAUAUCUGUUCCUGCUAACUGAGCAUGCUUGGACACUUUUAUUAGGAGGUUAAAGAGGUAAAACAUUUUUCAUAUCUGCAGCCUGAGCUUCCACUGCCUCCACAUGUAUGCCUUAAAAUGUGUUGUGCUUUCUGUGUGUGUGCGUGUGUGUGUGUGUGUGUGUGUGUGUGUGUGUGUGUAGCAGUCGAUGUAUUGUUUUAUAUUUUGAAAAAGAAAAUGUCCUCAAGUCAUAAAUAUUUGUCAAAUGAAGGAAAGUCUCAUUUCUGUCUGAAAUAAAGGUUAAUUGCCUGUG